AUGGUUAGAAAGAACAAGCAGAAGAAAACCCCCCACUACAGUCAGAUGUUCUCUGGUGAUCCUGCUGCUGGAUCAUCAUCUUCAGCUCCAGGUUCCUCCAUCCCGGAGAUUGUCCCAGAGUCUCAGUCACCGCCACCACCGGUUCCUCCAUCUGGUGCACCACCCCCACCUGCUGCACCUCAGGCGGUUCCAGACCUGGUUGCACCCGGAUACAUUCAUCCGGAGUUGCGUGUGCCACCGACCGCUCCUUUUGCUCGGUACACGGUUGAGGAUCUUCUCGCUCAACCAGGCCGAGCCGGUUUACCGGUUUUAGACCCCGACCGACUGGAGGGGACUCUGUGGUUUGGGGUCGACAAUUCUGUUGCUACGAGCGUAUCCGAUAUGAUCAAAGGAUGCUUCUCCGAGCCUCACCCAAACUGGAAAAAGACGCUGCAGCACGUUAAAAACACGUGGUUCAAGAUAUACCAUUGGUCCAUCGGGGUUCACGAGGACGUGAAACGGGAGUUCAUCGCAAAGGCGAAGAAGCGGUUGUUGGACACCGUAGGCAACUGGAAGGAGGACUGGAUCUACAAGGGUUACAAGGACGGGCAACCCGCUGAGCUGACCAAGGAAGUCUACGAUGGCCUCAUCCGCUACUGGGAGCUGCCAUCAUCCAUUGCGAUCUCCAACGCCUCCUCCGCCUCUCGUAACACCAAAGACGAGCACGGCAACGGCCCGAUGCUUCACUGA